AUGACCAGGAAGCAUUGUCAAUCAAAUAUGUAUGCUCGGCCAGCAGUAAUGACGAGGGAGAGCGUGCAAACGAAGUCUCUGCACCGGCAAUAUAGCCUGUGUGUGCGCGGAUCGAGAAGGCUGCAAGAUGUGUGCGCUGUUGCGCCACCUUUCAAAACCAGUGUGGUGGAGGACUCAGAAGAUGGAGUUGCCGGCAGAGCCAUCCCACAAGCCACCGAACAGGCCUCACGAGACACGGUUACAACAUCCAAGAUGCGAGCGAGGAAAAAAGAACGGCGACGUACAUCUUCGCGCAGAGGAAUCUGCUUGGUCACGGAAAGAGGACUCGACUUGGACUCGAACCUGGACUCGAACCUGGACUCGGUUUGGACUCGAGGUGGACUCGAGCUGGACUCGAACCUGGACUCGAACCUGGACUCGAACCUGGACUCGAAGCUGGACUCGAAGCUGGACUCGAAGCUGGACUCGGUUUGGACUCGAGGUGGACUCGAAGCUGGACUCAAACCCUCGGCUGGGACUCGACUCUGGACUUGA